AUGCCCUCGCGGCUGCUUGUGGGUCCGAGUCCCACCUCGGCUCGUCUGUCCAGCCACACAGCUGAUCCUGCCAGCCAGCCACCGAGGCACUUGCAGCGCAGUGGCAACACCAAGCCGUACCUGAGAUUGGGCGAGCCCAUGGCCAGCGACAGGAGGUGGCAACACAGGCGCGAGGCGGAAUGGACAUGCCCUGCCCCCUCCUGUUCGAGGGGACGGGCGAGUGAUACCCUCCGCGCAUAUGCCCUGCACGAACGGGUGGCCAUGGAGAUUCGCAUGAGGCGGAUCGAGGCGGAUCGAGGCCGGUCGAGGCCGGUCGAGUUGCAUGCGCAUCUGUCUGCGGGUCUGCUGGUCUGGCCAUAUGCCGACGAUCGCACCAGCGACGGCCUGCAUGCCCACCACGAAUGCCGCCUGACAAUCGCGCGUGGCACCUCGCUGUUGCAUGUGGUUGCGUUCCAGCCGCCUGUUCUCCCUGGCCGCCUGCACCGCCGGCUCAUCAGCACGAAAGGCCCCACCAACACAAUCACCAGAGCAUGUCGAUCCACCCCCAGGCCCACUGUCGCCGUUGGCGGUGUUGUUGCGAACGAGGGCAGGCCGUGGACGACGAAGCCAACGGCGACCAGCACGGACCACGCAGACAACGACAUGCUGGACAUGCAUGACAUGCAACACGCAGGACAUGGAUGGUAUGCCUUGGCACAUUCGCCAAUGGCUCCGGCAACUCGCCAGCGCCGCCAAAGACGGACUGAACUAGUCGCGGCUGAGCCAGUGACACCAACGGCACCAAAAGCGCCGUCGACCGCCGCGAUUGGUGUGCUGGCGACCCUGCAAUCGCCGCUGUGCUACGGCCCCGGCACUGCUCCGCUGCUUGGCCGUCGCUUGUUCUGGCGGUGA